AUGGAUUAUAAUAAACAAUUAGAAAAUUUAGCCCUAAAUUUGUUUAAAAUCGAUGCUGUGAAAUUUGGUGAAUUUACUACUAAAAGUGGUAUAAAAACGCCGGUAUACUUUGAUUUGAGGGUUAUUGUUAGUUAUCCUGUGGUAAUGGAAUUGAUAUCUCAUCUCCUUUUUGAAUUUCUAUUGAAAACAAGUGAAUAUGACUAUUUUUGUGGAGUUCCUUAUACUGCUUUGCCUAUUGCAACAUUACUGAGUGUUGAAGCUAAGAAGUCUAUGUUGAUGAGACGGAAGGAGGCGAAGUCUUACGGGACCAAAAAAGUUAUUGAAGGCCAUUAUAAACUAAAUCAGAAAUGUAUUAUAGUAGAAGAUGUUGUAACAUCUGGUUCUAGUGUGCUAGAAACGGUUAAAGAUUUAAGAAAUGAAGGUCUUAUAGUUGAAGAAGCUGUUAUAAUUUUAGACAGAGAACAGGGUGGCAAGCAAAACCUUGAAGCAAACAAUGUAUCAAUGAGGUCUCUAUUUACUAUGUCAAAGUUGAUUGAGAUACUGGUAAAUAACAAUUGCAUUACUGAGCAAGUUGGAAAAGAAGUUAAAAGUUAUUUAAAUAAUAUUCAUGCUCCAGCAGUGGUGCCAUCAGUUAAUAGAGUGAACAUCCCAUUUGAAAAACGAAUUGAGUUAUCAACAAAUUCAAUAGCAAAGCAACUGUUCAAUAUAAUGGCUACAAAGAAAACCAAUCUCUGCCUUUCUGUAGAUUUGACGUCUUCCACAAAAAUAAUUGAUCUCUUAGAAAAAGUUGGGGAGCAUAUAUGUCUUGUUAAAACACACAUUGAUAUAAUUGAAGACUUUAGUGAUAACUUCAUUAUGCAACUAAAACAGUUGGGAACAAAGUUUAAUUUUCUUAUACUGGAAGAUAGAAAGUUUGCUGACAUUGGAAACACUGUGUCACUGCAGUAUUCAAAGGGUAUAUACAAAAUUAGUGAAUGGGCUGACUGUGUGACUGCACAUUCAUUGUCUGGCGAAGGAAUCUUAAAAGCUUUAAACACUUGCACAAACACUGGUAGUAAAGGAGUUUUCUUCUUAGCUGAAAUGAGCAGUGAGGGUAAUCUAAUUACACACGAAUAUACAGAAGCUACUGUCAGGAUGGCUGCAAAAUAUCCAGACUUAAUUACUGGAUUUGUUUGCCAGAAGAAAGAAACCUUUAGCAACCCUGGCUUAAUACAGCUCACUCCUGGAGUUCAACUAGACAGUUUGAAAGAUGAUUUUGGUCAAGUAUAUAAUACACCAGAGAAAGUAGUUCUAGAGAAUGGAGCUGAUGUGGUAGUGGUAGGACGUGGCAUAGUUGCGUCAAAGAAUCCAGAAGCGCAAGCGGCCAUUUAUAAAGAUACUCUAUGGAAAUGUUAUAUGAAGAGAGUUUCAGGAAAAUUAGAAUGA